AGCUUUCGGUGACGUGUUUAGUCUACAGGUCUAUCAGGUAUGUAUGGGAUCUGUGAAGGCAGCAAGCGCCUUUAAAUGCUUUAUUUACUUCAGGAAGCCAAAUUUAAUUACAUUAUUUACAUUAAAUAUACAAAAGGAAUUAAUCAGCUGGGAAAUUGUUGUUGUUGUUGUGUGUUUUGCUGAACUGGGGCACUUCAUUACACAUUACUGUACAUUUAGUUACUGUUGUACAGAGCAGACGGAGAAACAGCAGCCGAAUGGAUCAGCUGGACUUUAUAACUCAUGAGGAGCUGGUUGAUUUUUUUCACCGCAAGAAGACGGAGAUCUCUUGUAUGGAGGAACCACACAUCUUCCUCAAGCAGCUCCGAGACCACAACCUGGUACCUGAGGAUCUCUACCAGGAGGUAAUAAAGAGGAAAAGUAAGAAGACAAUACAGGACGGUGUGUAUAAGAUUUUGGACCGGGUGGAGAAAAAGGGAGGAGUGUACGUGAAAGAAUUUUGGAGGUGUGUGUCAGAGGACCACAUCCAGCAGGAAUACCAUGUUUUCCGCACACUGCUAAGGAACCUCCAGGAUGGUUCCUUUAGGAAGCAUGUAAAGCUUCCCGAUGCAGAGAAACCACUUAGGAAUAAGGAUGGUGAGAAAGAAGGAAAGAAGCAAAUGCAAAUGGAGGGUACAAGAAAGAGAGGUGAUGAAGAAAUAAAGAAAGAGGAACCAGGCCCUUCAUCAGGAUCCAGCCAGAAGAAAGCAGCCAAGGAGCAGAUUCUCUGUUCCUUUAAGAAGCAUGUAAAGCUUCCCGAUGCAGAGAAACCACUUAGGAAUAAGGAUGGUGAGAAAGAAGGAAAGAAGCAAAUGCAAAUGGAGGGUACAAGAAAGAGAGGUGAUGAAGAAAUAAAGAAAGAGAAACCAGGCCCUUCAUCAGGAUCCAGCCAGAAGGAACCAGCCAAGGAGCAGAUUCUCUCCUCGCUGUACAAGAAAAAAAAGAUUCCUGUUACCUGCGGAGGAAAAAAAGGCAAAUUAUAUCGAGGCAAGCUUGCCAAAGGAGAAGAGUGCAUUUUGUCCCGGCGCCAGUGGUUCACCCCAGUUGAGUUUGAGAGAAUUUCAGGAAAGGAAAGUUACAAGAACUGGAAACUCAGCAUCCGCUACCAAGGCGUCCCACUGCAGGAACUAAUAAAGGCGGGUCGUUUGAAGUGUCCACGCAAGUUCAAAUGCUCCAGUCGUUAGAGACAGUCUGUUUCUAGCCCUGUGGUGGAAACUUACAGCCCAUUUUAGUAUACACAGGCCCUUAUUUACAUUUUCUUUUUUAAAAUUAUUAUAUUAAUUAAUUUUAAUUAAUUAAUUAUUAUUAUGAAGAAAUUUCUUGUUUUUUCUACAGCAUAGAAAUUGUCUCUGUAAGAACUUUUUAAAGUUUAGAAUACAGGGGGAAAAUAAUGCCGGGACAUUUUGUUGUUGUUUUUGACCUUUUCUUUUUGUGAUUUUCUUCUUCCAUGUUUUGCCUGUUUGAUAUAUUUUGAAUAUUUUCCGUGAUUGUGACCACAAAAUGCUUUGUUUAAGACCAAGAAAUUCGUUGUUUCGACUGAAUAAACAAUUUAUCUAGCACAGACAUUCUGUCAGUCCACCUGUGUCUGUCUCAAUAAACUGAAAACGCACUGCUA